GCCCAAAUAGCUAAUAUUAAGAGUCUUAAAUUGUAUACAUUCCUAAGAUCAUAUAUGGUAACAUAAUUUAGGAUUCUUAAUAUUAGCUAUAAAGGUUAUUUUAUCAUAUAUAGAUGCUGAUUUCUAGGGAAUGGGUGAGACUCCUUGUAUAGCAAAACCUUCUAUGUAUAAGAGGUUUUAGGGGUACGACAAUGGGAGUUUAUCUGUUGAGUGUAUUAAAGAGAAAGAGAGGCCGCAAAAUUAGAGUAUUAAAAGACUCUCUUGGUAUUCUAGUUUUGGCUGAAUGUAUUAAUAUGAUAUCAGAGCCUAAUUCGAAUCCUUGCUUGCCUUUAUCUUGAAUUUUCUUUUGGCUUCUACCGAAUCCUUGCUUGCCUUACUCAUCUUGGACUUGUUUUUUUUCAUAUUACUCCUGGUAGAGAUUGUGCAGGCAAGAGAGAAGGAGCGGCUGUUGGAUCCUUAUUUCAUACAACAACGUUGUGUUAUUCUUGGUUUUAAUUUCAUACAUAACAGAUCUGAUUUCUGGUUUGGAUUUGCUUUUUGACUAGCAAUCUGUCCUGCUUCUCUGGUGCUAUUCUUGACAGCUUCAAAUCUUGCUUUUUUGAUGGUGUUCUCGAUAGUUUCAGAAUCAUUCUUCUCUGUUUCAGAUAUUGCGUUUCUGGUGCAAUUCUUGGUUGUUUCAGAUCUUGGUUUUUUGCUGCUAUUCUCAACAGUUUUAGAUUAGCUUCUCUGCUGCUAUUCUCGACAGUUUUUGGUUUCAAAAUCUGCUUUCUCUACUGUUCAAGCAGUGCACGAAACAAGCAAGAAAGAUCAAUUCCUGAUGAAGCUCUGUUCUGAUUUUAAAACUGCACGAUCUAAUUUGAUGAAUUGUUAUUCUGUACCAUCUCUGAACGUCUGUUUGAGUGAACUUUUUCAUGCGAAGCAACGUAUCAUAACUCAAGCUGCUAUGGAACAUAGGGCAAAUGUCAGUGCACCUGUUUCUAUGGCUUAUACAACACAAGGAAGAAAUAAGAGUAUAGAUAUGCAUGUUGUCCAAUGCUUUAGUUGUAAAGCUUUUGGUCAUAUUGCUUGGGAUUGCCCCAAGAAGUUCUGCAACUACUGCAAGAAACAUAGUCAUAUCAUCUCUGCUUGUCCCAUUCGACCUGAAAGGAAACAAGGAACUAUUUAUCAUGCCUCCAUUGGUGCCUCUGGUUCUGUUGUAUUGUUUGCUGCCUCACCUGUUGUUCUUAUUCCUACUCCUACAGGCUUAGCAAACCCGAAUACACUCACUCCUGAAAUGGCACAACAAAUGAUCAUUUCUGCUAUUUCUGCUCUUGGGUUCUCAGAUAAUUAUAAAUUUUCUUUUAAGCCAUGGUAUUUGGACUCCGGUGCCUCUAAACACAUGACCAAUACUAGUGUUCCUUUUUCCAAUGUUAGAAACUACGAUGGAAAUCUGAAAAUUAGUACUGCUGAUGGCAGUUCUCUGCCUAUCAGUGCUGUUGGUGAUCUUUCUCCUUCAUUAAUUGAUAUUUUUGUGUCUCAUGACCUCUCCACAAAUCUUAUUUUUGUUGGUCAAUUGGUUGAUAAUAAUUGUGAUGCCCAUUUCUCCCAUUCUGGUUGUGUUGUACAAGAUCAAGCAUCAGGGAAGAUGAUCAUGAAGGGGCCUAAAGUGGGAUGACUCUUUCCUCUUCAUGUUUCUCCUUCCACCAAUAUUUCUAUUUCUCUUUUACUUUCCUUUACAUGUAAUUUUAUUGGUUCUGAAAAUAAAUUAUGGCAUAAACGUCGAGGCCAUCCAAACUCUAUGUACUUUGCAAUUUGAUUAAUUCUGGAUUAUUGGGAAAUAAAGCAUGUUCUUCUCUUGAUCUUGAUUUUGAUUGUACAUCAUGCAAACUUGACAAAAAUAAAGUUUUACCUUUUCCUCAUCA